AUGGUUCCUUGGCUGGGUUACUACAUAACAGCGUGGGCUGCAGGUCCACUUCAGCGCUUCGGACUACUCGAGACCGCGCCUGGACCAACUACGUCUCAACAAGAGCUAACUAAAACCACGGUGUUGUACAACGAUUCGAACUCUCGUCCGACUCUACCUGCGCUGUCAACUGCAGCAUCUGACAAAAGUACAACCGCGAAGCAGGUGACCACACCGGACGACCAUGAGGAGACGGGUGAGGCCGCAUUGAAACAGUGCGCUUCGAGUCUUGCGCCCAAUGGGCCCUACGAGACGUACGAGAAGAACAGCGAGAUGAUCUGUCGACACGGGAACUACAUCACAUCGUAUGCGACCGACUUGAUGGCCCCGAACUGGAGCGCGUACAAAAUCACACCAGGAGAAGCGCUCGAGGAGCACGGGGGCAGAAGGGGCUUCAAGUACUAUUUGCAAUGAGUUUCAUCCGUUUUUUGUGUUUGUCAAGACGAGGAGAAUGAAAGAGAAACACAAUUAUGAACAAUAUGAAGAUCUUAAUCUUAUCACUGGAAAAAAGUAUCUGUGCCUCAUCCUUCUUGAUGAUCUUCAUCUUCAAAGAAAUAUAGACAUCAACAGGUUCGACCCCGCCGUUCCUGAAGAGCACCAGGAACCGUUGAAGAGCAAGUGUUGGGGCCAAAAAUGGAACCGUGGUCACCUGUGUCCUAGUUAUAUCAUGAGCUACGACAAGGAGGCCAAUGGGCCUUGGGAUGACACCUAUUUCAUCACGAACACUGCCAUGCAGUAUGGUCCGUUCAAUUAAGGCUUGCCCUAUUAAUCCAUUUCGAAGAUGAAUAACAUCUUGGGACUGUCCCAUAAUGGAGAAACGACUUCAGGAUGAUCAUGAUUCUCAAAAUGGAUUAGGGUGAGCACUAAUUCAACCAGCAGACGUGGCAGCAUCUGGAGAUCCACACUGUGAAUUGGAUCAAGGAAAAAAAGCGUGAGCUUUUCAUCGUCACGGGUACAAUGUUUAACCGCGACGCACUCACGAAAUGCGAUUUGUCGACCGGUGAAAUCGUGCCGCCUCCUGGUGCUGAGGGGGAGACCACGUCCUUGGUGACUACAGGAGCGCUGGAAGCUGUCAGUCGUGUAGCUUCUAGCAGUUCUACUUCGACUUCUACCUCUGGGUCACGCGGAAUCGGACAACAUGGAGCAACAGCAGAACUUCUACAACAAGUAGAGCCUCAAGAAGGUAGAAGUUCCUUCAUGGGCGUUCCAGAUUACUACUACAAGAUCAUGUGCGACGUGUCUGCCGGCAAGUCGAUUGCGCACUUGGGCCACAAUCGGGACGACGACAAAGUGUACGAGAUGUCGGUGGACGAGUUACAGAAGAAGAUCGGUCUCAAGCUUUUUCCAGCGAAGGCAUGCAAUACUAGUGUCAUGGCAUCAGACUACUUCUGGACUGAGGAUCUGAAGAAUGUCAAUCUAGUGCGCAUUUCUUCCUCUAGAACCAGCGAAGAAAAAAGCACCACGACCACGACCAGCACAGAUGACACCGCAAUGACUGCAUCAAGAACUGCAGUUGUUGAGAAGGCACGAAGAUUCCUGGACCGCAUCAGGCAGGUCGCGAACGGGCCUACCACGGCUGCCACAGCGCAGCGCCCGGCUUCAUCCGGCGGAGUUGACACCGCGGCAGCACCGCAGGAAGUCUUCACCUUCUAA